AUGUCGACUGAAGAAUCAAAUAAUGAUACUACAAAAUAUCGACGUCCAUCACCGACUCAAUCAAAACAACCAUCGACAGAAAAUUCUAAAGAUGGUGAAUCUACAACAACAAUAUUAUGUGACGUAUGUCAUAUAAUUCGUGAUCUUGUUUUAUUUUUUUGUCGUCGUAUUAUAUUUGGACCACCAAUAUUUAAAUUACUUGUUUCGUUUACUAUUAUCAUAAUUGGUUCCAUGUUAAAAUCAUUAGGUUUAGCACCAACGUCAUAUUUUUCAUUAAAAACAAAUAUAUUUAAUACAUAUUUUGCUAAACUUGGUUGGGGAUGGACAAUGGGUUUAUUAAUUCCAUUUAUUUAUUUAACUUAUAUAACAACAUGUAGUCAUUAUCAAAUAAUAACACGUCAUUUAGUUCGUUUACUUAUUGCAACUGGUGUUUGGUUUAUAAUUACAUACUUAUUUGUUAAUGUUGAAGCACAUACAGGCCUGUGUAAACAUGAAACUAUGCGAGGAGUUUCAAGAAAAGUUUGUGUUAGUGGUGGUUAUGAAUGGCAAGAAGGAUAUGAUUUUAGUGGACAUGUAUUUUUACUUCUUUAUGCUAUAUUAAUAAUUAAUGAAGAAGUUAAAUCUUAUGAUAAAGGUACAAACAAAGUUGAUCAAGCAAAUAAAGUAGUACAUGAGAGUGGUGAUACAUUAUCAAAUAUAAAUCAUGAAUAUCUUAAUAUAGUUUCGAAAAUUAUUCAAAUAAAUUAUGUUCUAUUAGCAGCAUUAACUAUUCUUUGGGAAUUUAUGAUUUUAUCAACAGCUUUAUAUUUUCAUCAUACUUUACAUAAAAUAAUAGCUGCUAGUGUUGCAGUAUUUUUUUGGUAUAUUACUUAUUAUGUAUGGUAUCGUCCAAAUAGUAGUUCAUUUUUAUAUCCAUCAUCACCUAAAGAUUAA